AUGCAUGUGUUUCCCGGCGUUUGGAGGCUCUGGGCCUCCCUCCCUGCGACAGCACGCGCCUUCCUCCUGCUCACCGCGGUACAGGCCUUCCUGGCCGGCAUCUUCGCCGCGACGCAGAUCGGCACCUCCCUGCAGGACACCCUGCUCAUCCUCGCCACCUCCCUGUCCCUGUGGUGGCUCAGCCUCGACUCCCUGCUGCGCGCCUGCGCGCACCAGCUCCCCGCCUGCGCCGUGCUGGGCACGCUGGGCGUCGCCGAGAUGGUGGCUUUUGCCGUCGCCCAUGGCGCCGACAGCCCGGGCCCCACCGCCGUCGCCGCGCUGUGUGCCGCGCUGCAGCUCGCCGCCCUGGCCCUGUGCCGCACCGCCUACCGCCAAGUGGGCUGGCGCUGGGCGGGCAGGAUGCCGGGCGACGGCCGCCUGCGCGGCACGGAGCUGAGGAAGCGGGCGGCACUGUGCAGGUCGCGCCUGGGCGCGGCCGCCCGCUUUGAUGCCGUGGUCCUGGCCAUCCUGAGCGUUGUGAUGGUGACCGAGGGCGCGCCCCUGGCCGGCUCGGGCGCCGGGGUCGCGCUGCUGGUGGGCGGCGCGCUGGGCGGCGCCCUGCUGGCGGCCUGGAACGCGGCGGCCACGCUGGGCGCGCUGCGCCGCCAUGCACGCCUCGCCCUGGCCGCCGACUUCGCCUUCCCGCUUUCCUACGGCCCGCCGGUGAUCGGACUGGGUGUGGUGGUGGCGGGCGGGCCUGGCACUGCGGCAGGCGCCCGCCUGGCGGUGGCCUGCGUGGUCUUCCUGGCCGCGCGCGCGACGCUCUGGUGGGCCGUCAGGCUGACAUGGCGCGCGACGCGUGCGCUGCGCGCCGAGGGGGAGAAGGAGUCGCGGCGCAGGCCCGGCCUCACCACCUCCGUCUUCAUGCAGCUGUCGGAGGACGGAUCGACGCUGCGCUGGGGCUGGAGCAGCAGCGUGCUGCUGUACCACGUGGAGAGCGUGCGCGCCGACGACCCGGCGCGCAGCCUCACUCUGACCUUUGCGCUGGGCGCCCCGCUGACGCUGCGCCUGGGCGGCGCGGCCGCCUACGUGGCCUGGCGGACCGGUCUGGCGGAGCUCCUGCCCCGCCUGGCCGCGCACGCCGACCUGCUCACUGGGAACGACGCCGAGGCGGGCGGCACGGAGUCUGCCGGCGUGCAGAAGCACAGGCCGUCGAUCAAACCCGAAUCCUCCGAGCUGGAGGGCUGCAUCAACAUCCACGUGCUGACCUCGCCCGUCGGGUCCCCACGCUGGGACGGCGACGGCGACGCCGCCGGCCACGCCCGCCGGCGCAGUCUUGCGGCGGCCCUGGAGGCGGCUUCCGGGGAGGCGCGGGGCUGGGCGCUGCCGGCGUGGAUGCGCGGCGUGGGCUACCUGGCCUCGGGGACGGUGCCCGGGGGCGGGGCCAAGCGUCGGUCCAGCCCCACCAAGCAGCCGCUGGUGGGCGGCACCUCCCUCAGCUCGCAGAGCAGUGUGGGGCCGCGGGACGACCCCGAGCUGGGCGCCGGCGCCUGGGAGGGCGGCCGCGGGCGAGGCCUGGAGGCGGUCCUGGGCCACCCCGGCCUGCACCGGCGGGGGGGGGCGUCCAGCGCGGCCGGCAGCACCCCCACCUCGGAGGACCUGCGCUUCGGGCGCCUGCUGGGCGAGGGGUCCCAGGGCGCGGUGUACGCGGGGCGGCUGGCCGAGACCCCGGUGGCGGUCAAGCGCGUGGCCGCGGCGGGCGGCGAGCUGGACGCCCACAUCCACGCCACCACGCCGGGGCACGACAACGUGGUCGCGCUGCGCGGCUGGUGCGUGCACGCCGGGUCGGUGUACCUGGUCAUGGAGCUCAACGUGCUGCUGGGCCCCGGAGGCGUGCCCAAGCUCGCGGACUUUGGCAUGUCGGUGCUGGUGGGCGCGCCCGAGGCCGGGCAGCGGCACGUCAUCGGCACCGCCGCCUACGCCGCGCCGGAGCUACUGGAGCAGGGCCCGCCGGCGGCCGGCGCCGCCGCGCUCAAGGCCGACGUCUACUCCUUUGGCGUGGCGGUGUGGGAGGCGCUGGCGCGGCGCAGGCCGCACCAGGGGCUGGACGGGUACCAGAUCCAGACGCGGUGGAUGCUGGACCCGGAGGCCAUGCGCCUGCCGGGACCGGGCCGGGGUCGCGCGGAGCUGGACCCCGCCGCGGCCCUGCUCUGGGACCUGGUGGCGGACUGCACGGCCAUGGACCCCGCAGCCCGGCCCGACAUGCUGGCGGUGCUGGAGAGGCUGCGUGCGGGGACGGGCCAGUCGCCGCCCCAGCCCCACACGCCCUUGGACAUGCGGCCGCGGAAGAGGGCCGAGGCGGUGAGGUAG